ACCAGGUGUGGGCUCCAAAAGUAUGGCAGCUACCGAGGCGGCGGUGCUAUCGUCGUCAUCUUUGGAAACAGACUCGGCCCUGGUCCCUGAAGCUGCAGGAACCCCCGCCGCAACGGCCGCCACCUCCCCAGCGACGGCUGCAGCCGCGUCCGUGGCGGCCGCUGCCAGGACCGGGCCCGACGCCAGGGUCUCCAAGGCCGCUCUGGCUACUAAGCUGCUGUCCCUGAGCGGCGUGUUCGCCGUGCACAAGCCCAAAGGGCCCACUUCAGCCGAGCUGCUGAAUCGGCUGAAGGAGAAGCUGCUGGCAGAAGCUGGAAUGCCUUCUCCAGAAUGGACCAAAAGGAAAAAGCAGACUUUGAAAAUUGGACAUGGAGGGACACUAGACAGUGCAGCCCGAGGAGUUCUGGUGGUUGGAAUUGGAAGGGGAACAAAAAUGUUGACCGGUAUGUUGUCAGGGUCCAAGAGGUAUAUUGCCAUUGGAGAACUGGGGAAAGCUACUGACACACUGGACUCUACUGGGAAAGUAACAGAAGAAAAACCUUACGAUAAAAUAACACAAGAAGAUAUUGAAGGCAUUCUACAGAAAUUUACUGGGAAUAUAAUGCAGGUACCUCCCCUCUAUUCUGCAUUAAAGAAAGAUGGACAGAGACUUUCAACCUUGAUGAAGAGAGGCGAAGUAGUAGAAGCAAAACCUGCCAGGCCUGUUACCGUAUACAGUCUCUCCCUUCAAAAAUUCCAGCCACCAUUUUUCACAUUAGAUGUUGAAUGUGGAGGAGGUUUUUAUAUCAGAAGCUUGGUCAGUGACAUUGGCAAAGAACUCUCUUCCUGUGCCAAUGUCCUAGAGCUGACCCGAACCAAACAGGGACCAUUUACACUAGAAGAGCACGCUCUGCCUGAAGACAAAUGGACAAUUGAUGACAUUGCACAGUCUCUGGAACAUUGCUCAUCUCUUCUCCCAGCAGAAUUGGCACUUAAAAAAUCAAAACCUGAGGAAUCUAAUGAACAAGUUUUGAGCUGUGAAUAUAUAACUCUCAGUGAGACAAAGGGAGAAGAUGAUGUCAUUAAGACAUAUUAAGAUUGGUUUGGGAUUGUCAUCAUUUCUUGGUUGACAUUUGAAUCCUGUGUACAGAAUGACAAGCUACGUGCAAAAGACAACCACUAUUUUUUUUUCCGCAUGAUUGUGUGUGUGUGUGUGUGUGUGUGUGUGUAGAAAAACAUUCAUCAUUUACAGUUUUUAUGGUGUACAAUUUAUCUGCUCUACAUUAUAAAUAGCCUUGCAGUUAGUUGUUCAGUUGUUUGCCUUACUAUGGAAUGUUCUUUUAGGAUGUUAUUAUGUUGUUAGAUUGGAUUCAGGAAAACCAGACCUUCUGAUUUUGAUCUUUCUUCAAAGUCUUUUCCUGGAAAAAGUUGAACACAUUUUCUAAUCAGAGAAAAAAGAAACACAAGUUAUAUGUUUCUUUGGUGUCACGAGAGUGAGUGUAAAUUACUGUUACAUUGACUUAACUUUGGCUUCCUCGUGGCUCUGUUGUAUUGAAGUUCGUUAUGUUUGAAAAGGCCAUUAUUUAACUCAUGUUCUGAAGUUUACAAUUAUUAAGAACAUUUAUAUGAUAAGACUGUACUACCCUGGUAAUAGCUAUGUUUGUUUAGAUCUUAGAAACCAAUAAACUUUUGUAAUAAAUAUUUGUAAAUAAAUUAUGGUUGCUACCACUACCAGAAUGUAAAUAGAAGACUAAAUAUUUAAUUAAAUUGACCUCUACCAUGAGUGCAAAGGACAGCCUGUGGCUUAUAUUUUGGCAGCUCUGUGAUCUUUUCCUAAUGAUUUCCUCAACACAGUCAACCCCUGUACCAAGUUAUUAAAUAGCAUAAUUUUUAAAAAUUAAGCUAAAGAAUGUAUCUUCAAUUUAGAAUUUCUUUUCCCUAUUUCUUAGUAUUUGUACCUCUACAGGGCAUUAAUCCCCAUGACACUGUGGGGUUUUUUUGGGUUUUGUUUUUAGUUUGCUGUUUCAAAUUAUAUUUAUAGAUACUGAAAUAGCUGCCCUGUAUUUCCAGUUAAUCACUUAUGCUCUAAAUAUUUUAAAACAGUUAUUCUCAAACGUUUUUAUUCAAAUAGCCUACUGAAAGUUCCAGGUCCCUUUUUAACAUAAUUCUGAAAAUGUAGUCACAUUACAAAAUGACAAAUUUCACAUAUAAGGAGUGCUUCAUAUUUUUGUUACGGGAAAGCAAUAUAUUAUGUGGCCAGUCUUCAGAAAUGUCUGAAUCCUGCUUCAUUUAUUCAGAUAAGUAUACUUUCUAAAAGAAGAAUAGUUUAAAAUUUCAUAAUUUAGGAGUUUCUAGGUUUUUAUGGAUUGCAUUUCUUGUAAAAGUAGUUGUUUGCAACCUCUGACUCAAAAAUUGAAAUAUGUAAACUAGUGUGAUUUUAUUUGUAGUUAAUCUAAUAUAAAUUAAGUAUAAAAAGUUACAUGCCUUAGUAGGUCAUUUUCAUCAUAUUGGCAGCUUACUACUUAUUUAUUUAUUUAUUUAUUUAUUUAUUUAUUUAUUUAUUUAUUUAUUUAUAUUUUUAUAUUUUUAUUUUUUAAGUAGGCUCCAUGACCUGCAUGGAGCUUGACGUGGGGCUUGAACUCACAACCUGAGACCAAGACCUGAGCUGAAGUCGAGAGUCAGAUACUUUGACUAAACCACUCAGGUGCGCCUUGACGAUGUAAUUUAAAUGAGAAUAUUAAAACUAAUUCUAAUUAUGACACACAAAACUAUAAGGGAAAGACUUUGAUCUCUUGAUGCUGUAAUAUAAAAUACCAAACACACAGUUAUAAGUUGACAGUUUACAAUUUUACUUAAUCACAUAUCAUGCCCUGCAGUUUGUAUCAACCAGAGUGGCAGUGGCUGCCCCUGCCUGCUGGAGCAGCACAGCUUCUCAUUUGUUACGUCUGCAUGCAUUGCCAAUUAAGGUCCAAAUAGAGGACCAUUCAAGUUUUAGAGAACAACUGGGGCAUCUGUGCCCUAUUUCUCCACUUAAAAAUUGACAUAUAUAAUUUGCCAACAGAAAAUAAUAGAGAUUUUAUCUUUUUUUAUAUUUACAACACUGAAGGAAAUUUUGCCAAGUGGAAAAAUUACCCAUAAUCCUUACCUUCCUGAUGCAGUGACUUCAGAGCUUUAAUUUAGUAUUCCUGUCUUCCCAUUUUUUUGUUUACCUAGUUACAGUCUUAAGGCAUUUAUAUUUUCUAAUUGACUGUUUUCAUUUCAUAUUACCAGACUAUAUUUCUGUUUAGUUUUGGUAAUUAUUUUAAUCAUAUUACUUCAUGUUCAGUUUAUUUGAGCCAUUUCCCUAUUGCUGAGCACUUACGUUAUUUUCAGUUUUCUUAUCUUAGAUCAAUUCCUGGGAAUGGGAUUAUUAAGGGGAAUAACAAGAACAGCUUUAUGGCUCUUCAUAUGUUUGCCUUAUUGUUUUCCCAGAGUUCUGACAUUUUACAGUGGCACCCUUUCAGUAUAUCAGCUCAUUAAAAGUUUACAGCUUUGGGUGGGGGUUUUAUAUGUUGUUGCUAAUUUAGUAAGAAUAACGGUUCAAGACUGCUCUUGCUUUUGUGUGACUUUUUCAUAUACUUUGUUCAUUUAUAGAAAUAAAUGUCUUAAUGGUUUCUUUAUA